UUUUACUGUAGAAUUAAAAUCAGUAAGCCCUAUAAGUAAAUAGCUAUUGGACAUACUUAAUGUGUGCAGAUUUAUUAAGCUGUAUUUAAAAAGUUUUGAAUUUUCGAUUUCAAGAUCUUUCAAUUUUAAGACGUGCAAUGUUUAGCGUUAUUUUUGUAUAGAGCUGCGUACUAAUACAUUUAACACCUUUGAUAAUUCAAAUUACACCAUUCAAAAUAAAUCAUCAGUCAUGGAUUUACACACUAAACAGAGACAAUUUUCGGGCCAAUUGUAUAAAUAUACAAAUGUAAUGAAAGGAUGGCAGUACCGAUUUUUUAUGGUAGAUGCUAAUGCAGGACUCCUUCAUUAUUAUCUUUGUGAAGGUGAAAAACCUGAUGGAACCGUUCCACGAGGAUCAGUACAUUUGGCAGGUGCUGUGAUUUGUCCCAGUGACGAAGAUUCAAAAACCUUUACAGUUAAUUGUGCAUCAGGAGAUAUGUUAAAACUGAGAGCAGCAGAUGCUAGAGCAAGGCAAGAGUGGGUUAAUGGCUUACGGGCUGUAGCAGAGUCUCAUACGAAGGCUAUUAGUGCAAAUAGCCCCCCUUUACCUCCACGAGAACAUUUAGCUGUUUUGGAUGCUAUGGGUUAUGCAAGGGCUCAAAUAACGCAAACUGAACAGGCAGAUUCAGCUCUAUGUAGAACAAUAGAAUCUGCAGGCAGCAAAUUUUUUGUUGAUCCUAAUUUACUUUUGUUAAAAGCCACAUCUGCAGCCUCUUUGCACUGCCUAACACAAUGUUUAAAUAUUUUACAAAGGAAUCAACAUGCUCAACAACCUAGGACAGGGUUUGUAAUUGAUGAUGACUAAUACAUUACCAAACAUGACAAUGUAUAACAGAUUUUAGAUAUGUAUAUAGUUGAUACUGCAACCAGCUUUAAGAAAUGUAUAAAGUAAUUACAUAAAUAGUUUAAAUUU